UCUGCGCAAGCCCCGCCCCCCUCGGAUCCUCUCGCGUUCCUUAUUCACAGCCUCUCACGUUCAGGAUUUAGAGAGAGAAACGGAGAGAAACCAGAAAGAGGGCACAAGAGGAAGAAGAAGGGGAGCCGCAAAACGACCAUGGCAAUAUCCAGAACGUCUCAGCCCGAGACAGUGUCCGAUCCCAGCGCACCUCUACAGCGGUCGAGCACGGCGCGGAGCAUGCAGUCGCACAAUAGACAGAGUCCAGAUGAAUGAGGAGCUACACCUGGGCCGCGGACAAAAUGAGGGUCAUCUUCAUCCAAAACGCCGGUUUCGUCGCAGCUUUCUCGCCUUUCAGAUGUGCGUCGGUGAUGUUGGCAGCGUUUAGGACCACAGAGCACGUGAACGGACGAGAAUUAGCCACAGCUAGAUCAGGCCAAUCAUUUGAGGGGUGAGGCGACCACUAUAAUACAUUUAGGCAUUUUUGUUUGUGGGGAUAGAGUUUGCACGUACAUUUUAGCCAGUAUAUCACCUUUAAACCUGCAGUGUGUCCAGCCUCUAAUCUGAAUACACAUUUUAUUACAAUAUUGGCACUAAAAUUAAUUUUAUCCAGUUAUAUAGGACUAUGUAUCAGGUUAUUAUAGGCUGAUGUAGACGUCUUGUCAUUAGACUGUUAGUAGAUUGAUUAUAUAGCUAUAAUAACAUGAAUAAAUAAGAUGUGAGAGCUCUGUUCACUUUGAUCAAAGCCACAAUCUGACAAUCUGGAAAUGUUAGUUUCCACGUUAUAAUAUGAGAAGUAGGCUACUCGUUAUUCCUUGUAAUUUAUUUAUUUAUUUUUGCUAUUAUUAGGCCUAUAAGUAUUAUAUAUCAGUUUGUUUAAAGUAGGUAGUUUGAAUAUUUAACAGUGGGCAGGUUGUGUGAACACCUCCCUAGUGAGAUGGAAAGCGCUUAUUUAUCACCCCACCGGGGGUCAAGCCGUCCCGACGCCCGGAAAGGCCAGAGCUCAGCGGGCAAACCGGCGGGGGGUGACCUCGCCCUUUCAUCUCCAGCUCCACCCCUGCUCGGCGGCGGCUCACCCGACGAGACGCCGGCAAGCAGUGAUGGACGGAGGAACUCGGGCGUGAAGAAGCACCAUCACAAGCACAACUUGAAACACCGCUACGAGCUCCUGGAGACCCUGGGAAGAGGCACCUAUGGCAAAGUGAAGAAGGCCAUCGAGCGCCACUCCGGCAGAGAGGUGGCGAUCAAGUCUAUUCGAAAGGAGAAGAUCAAGGAUGAGCAGGACAUGGUUCACAUACGACGAGAGAUCGAGAUCAUGUCGUCCCUCCGCCACCCACACAUCAUCUCUAUAUAUGAAGUGUUUGAGAACAAAGACAAGAUCGUGAUCGUGAUGGAGUACGCGAGCAAGGGCGAGCUGUACGACUACAUCAGCGAGCGGCGGCGCCUGAGCGAGCGCGAGACGCGACACUUCUUCAGGCAAAUAGUCUCUGCUGUGCACCACUGCCACAAGAAUGGAGUGGUGCACAGAGAUCUGAAACUGGAAAAUGUGCUACUGGAUGAAAACUGUAAUAUUAAGAUUGCUGACUUUGGACUGUCGAACCUCUUCCAUAAGGACAAGCUGCUGCAAACCUUUUGUGGCAGCCCUCUAUAUGCUUCACCGGAGAUUGUGAAUGGGAGACCGUACCGAGGCCCAGAGGUGGACAGCUGGGCUCUGGGGGUGCUGCUGUAUACCCUGGUCUACGGGACCAUGCCGUUUGACGGGGGCGACCACAAGAACCUCAUUCGCCAAAUUAGCAACGGCGAGUACAAAGAGCCCACUCAGUCCUCAGACGCCCGCGGACUGAUCCGCUGGAUGCUGAUGGUGAACCCCGAGCGCCGGGCCACGGUGGAGGACAUAGCCAAUCACUGGUGGGUGAACUGGGGCUGGAAGAACAGCGUGUGCGACUGCGAGACCCAACGCGACCACGGCGGCUCGCCCAUGCUGGCCCGCUUCAUCGACUGGCAGAACCGCGCCGAGCCUCGUGGCUCCGGAGCCAAAGCUGCGGCCGUGCCCCAGCUGCUGCGCCAACGGCCCAAAAAGUCCAAGAAGGAAAACGUGGAAGCGGAGCAAAGCCACCGCGGAGCCGAAGACAAGCCGGGUCUGAAGAGGCCCAAGGGGAUCCUGAAGACCAGGGUCACUGGGGAGCAGCAGUCGGCCGGUCUGGACGAAGGGGAGCUGGGUCAAGGAGCGCUGACUCAGCAAGGUGAAGGGGGAGAGGAGGCGUCAAGUCCAGAUCGAGAGGAAGAGGAGCCAAGUCUGGGAGGAGGCUCACCGGCCAAGAUGGUGCCCUCACUGCCCAAGAAAGGCAUCUUGAAAAACAACCAGCAGCGGGAAUCAGGGUACUACUCCUCCCCGGAGCGCAGCGAGUCCUCCGAGCUCCUGGGAGGCGCCAGCAUGUCUCUGCUCGCCACGUCGCCACCCAAGAGAGUCAUGGGGAGGAAGGGCAUCCUGAAGCGAAACGGCAAGUACUCCACCUACAGCGGGCCUCCGUCAGCAGCCUCCGGGGUCCUGGGCGAGCCCCCCCCCUCCGCAGACUCAGGUCUGUCCCGCAGCCAGAGUCGCCCCUCCAGCAUCGUCGGGGAGGACAGCUCCGUCCUGUCCCUGUCUCCCAGCUCCCUCGGCGGCGCCGAGUGGCACCCCUCCGCCCCCCACCUGCGGCCUAAUAUCAGGGCCUGCGUCUCGGCUGAAAACCUGCUGCAGCUCGCCAACUUCAAGGGCUUCCAGGCGGCGCCGCCGCUCCAGGGACCCAAGUUCAGCCGCGGCCCCAAAAUGAAGGGUUCCCCGGGGGACAAUGGCAGCUUCUCCUUGCUGGGGGACCUGGAGGACAUGACUCAGGUGUACCAGCAAGCCCUGGACAUCAGCAGCAACCUCACCUAACAGACGGGCGGGCGCGAGAGGAGAAGCGCUGGGAAUCCAACACGCUCGCGUGUUCCUGUGUGCGGGUCAGUGUGUGCACAGAUGUGUGAGGGCGACGUUAACGACCAGUGCAUUACUGGGAUUCACCUUUUGGAAAGCGGCGCCUCUUCCAACGGGGCGUGAAGCUGAUAGAAGCGUUAUUAGCACACGCACAUACACGUGCAUGCACACGUACGCACACACCAACACACAGAGGUGCACUUCUCAGAUUCAGGCCUUUGUGAACAGGAUAGAGAAUGCCACCCGGUCUGCUUUUUCAGCCCGCCCAUAGACUCCGCUGUGUUCAACAUGUUUACAUAUUCAGCAGGAAGGAUAGUUAGAAUCACAAACGCAGCAAGCCAGAGUGUGGUUGCUUCUCCUUCGUACGCCGCCCGUUUUGAGUUUGAGUUUACAAAAGCACCUUAAAACUCGCACAGAGCACAUGCUUUUGUGAUCUUCGCUUCCUUUUAAUGAGAGAAACAAACCAGGGUCUUGUUCCAAAACUAACUGAUGUUGCUGAUUAUUUAUUAAUAUUUUUCAUGGCUUGAUAGUUUUAAGUGCAAAACUGGUGGGUGCUGGCUAUUACUGGAAGAGUCCAAAGCUCCUUGUCUCCAACUCUUUGGGUGGAACUGACAUAUAUAAUUAUGUUACUCAGUGAUGAGGAACAUAUAUAUACUCAGCAUAUAUAACUGUCUGCACUUGUAAAACAUGCAGGCGUUUAUACCUUCAUCAAAGCGUAUGUCCUAUAUAUGUGUAUGAUACUAGGGAAUAUGUAGGAAGUGCCUUUUUGAUUCAUAAUAAAAAUUAUGUAUGUCAUUUCCGUAAAGUGGAGGGAAAAGCCAGACCGACCUGACACCAGUUGUGCUUUUUUGAUCUUAAUUGUGAAUGUGGAGAGACCCAGGGCCUUCAGCGCACACCUGACCAACUUGGCUGGAUCAGCGUUCAAAGGCCAAUCGGAGGCGGCUGAGAUGGAACAGCCUCUGCUCUCCUGUCUGCAGGCGGCCUCGCGUCGACCUCCGCCGUGUUCUUUGUCAGUGUUUUAAGCCCGUAGUUCAGUUUGUCAGCGGUUUAGGUGGCUCGGUUGAGCGCAGAGGUCUGGAGGGACUCACAUAAUGGGCGUUUGGCGAAGAGCGAUGGCGCAGACACCACCUCACGGCCCUGGAAUGUGCCUGCAUCUCUUGACCUUGAUUGUUCGAGGCUACCUGGUAAAAGAGGCAGUUUGUUUUGUUGUUUUGCCAAAGACGUGUGAGGUGGUCUUCAUUGCUCGAUUCGCUCCUGUUUUCCCCCGCGGCUACGCAGAGCGGCUAAGCCAGCGAUUUGCUUAGCCGACUGAUGACACCGCAGAUUCCUCAGACAAUGACUGGAGACGUGUCGGUGCUCGAGAGCCCUCGAUGGGCCCCGGUCCGACUCAGCACAGGUGGGAUCUGUGCUCAGGCCUCCGGCUGCGUGCGCUGCUGUGUCAGGCAAGCACAAUUAGCCAUUGUUUUCAUUUGUUAGUCAGAGAGAGACCGCAUGUACAGAUUUAUAGAUGGGGGGAGAGGAAGAGUGUGAAAGAGUGGCGCGUGGAACGGUGCUAAGAUUAGACAGGGCUUUCCUGUGAUGCACAGGGAAGGUCACGCAGUUGGGUUUAGCUUCUGAAGGCUCUGUAACGUAGACUAGUGAAAGUACAGCAAGUGAGUAGAAAGCGUGGAGUGAAAGUUUUAUUUUUACCAAAGAUGUGAUGCAAAGUGAUGGAGGGGACAAGAAAUAAACCCCCCGACCGUGAAAGCCCCUCUGAAUGAAAUCACCUCCGUUUAGCCUUUAUUGUGUGUGAUUUUUGUGUUUAUUUGAGACACGAGAGGCUUCGUAAGACCCGGCAGCAAAAGAAAAUGAAAAGGAGACAGACACUGUCCACAGUCAGAAGGUGUAGAUGGGAAUCAUGCAGUAGGUUGAUAGCUCUGACAGAGAAUGUGUGGUUCAACGUUUUCAGUGGUCUGCUUGUGUGAAAUUAAGGUCCUGGGUGUCGUUUCAAAUGACCUGUUGCGUAUUAUACUGCAUUUUACUGCCUUUUGUAUUGCAUUUUAUUGUCAACUGGAUUUACAGUGAGAAAAUUAUACUAUGUUAGUAUUUUGUUUUAUUAUGCUUCUGUUUUUGAUUUUCCAAAAUAUAAGAAACUUUAUAUUGCUUUAUGUUAUGGCAGAAAAACAUACUUCCUUCCUCGAAGUAUCGCCAAAAAUCUACAUCUAAUCUGAAAUUGGUUUAAUCUCUUUUUUCUCCUGCUCUUUGUUCUCCUGUUGGGUCAGAACAGCCACAGAAUGGCUAAAUGCAAAGGUAUGUGCCAAUUUAUCCAUAUCUGACCCCCCCACAAAUUGAAGCCAAAGCAGGAGAAGUUCAAAGAGUGUCGGAAAAACGCCAGGAGAAAAUGGAAAAAAAAGCAAUGGAAAGAAUCUCAUGAUGAAACUUUAACUCUGCCAAACUGGAAAUAACUGGUGCAUAUCUGUUAGUUAGCAGAACAUGGAAGCAUAGGAAAACUUGACUGGAUAUUGUUAUGACAAUAAUAAUAAUAAAUUAGUAUUAUUAUGUUAUUUAAGUAUUAUUUUUGUUAUGGCUUAUUACUAUGGUUGGCCACGGUUUUAGUUUUCUUUUUUGUCUGUUGGUGAUCCUGGACUGCCAAGGUGGAUUAGGUUGUGCCUUUGGUAUCUUUUAUGAACCUUUUUUUUUUUGGAUAAUGAAAAUUAUUAUCAUGUUUUUAUACUUGUAUUUAUUGGUGAUCAAGCCAUUUAAUUUCUCGUCAAAGUGGCCUCGUCCACGCUUUGGCCUGCUUUAAAGCCACGCGCUGUGUUCAGGAUGUACUGCGCACGCGUGAACAUAAUGUUUAUUCAGAGUAGAGUGGGAUCAUCUCAUCGUGAGGGCAAGUGGUCACGUUUGUAUUUUAACAGCAACAAAUCAGUUCAACAAAGAGUUCUGCCAAUCCUGUAAAAUGUCUUAAUUCAUCUAUUCAGGUGUCUUUCUACUCAACACAAUGCCUCUGUUGUACUGUAUCAACGCAAAUAAAUGGAUCUGGAAAGUUA